AAAGUUUGAUAAAAACUUCCAUCAGGUAAUAUUUUCCUCUGAUUGUGUUGAGCAAUUCUUUCUUGUUCUGUUGAAAACGAUGCAAAAUAGACUUGAUUUUUCUGUGCAAUCGCAAUAUUAUUAGUAUUAUCGUGCAAAACGAGCUAAAACAGUUCCUUUGCCCCGAUGGAGAUGGCAGAAAGAAGCGACGAGUCGCCGUCCGGAAGCAGCUGGUGGGGCUCGAUUAUUGACUCUGCGAGAAACAAGAGUGCUUCUGUGCUCGAGGCUGUCAAGAAGGAUCUGGAUGAACUCUCAACGGCUGUUCGCACUGAAGCAUCGAAUGCUGGAGCAGCGAUUGCUGGCUCACUGAAGUUUGAUGAACCCGAUUCCACGGCCAAUACAGUCAAAAAGAGCUUAAGUUCUUUCUUGGGACAAGUCUCUGAGGCACUGAUCCCCAGUAUUGAGGAGGAGGAGACUGAGGCUGUGCUGAUCACGAACAGCGGCGCAGUCACACUCACGGGAUUCCAGAAGCAUUUAGCUGAACUGCAAGCCAACGAUGACACAUAUUUGACGGAGCCUAGCGAUGAUUUGGCAGAGAAGUACCAGAGAUGGUUGCAGGUUGUGGAGCAGGAUCAAUUCACCGAGCAGCGAUUGGCGAAGCAUUUGACCAGCAGCCAAAUCCUCAACGAUAAGUAUCUUUCCUUAGUGCCUGACAGUGUUCCUCACAUGGAGUUCUGGAAGCGAUACCUCUUCAGGCGAGCCCUCCUCGAGGACGCCCUGGCCAAUGCUGAGAAGGCUGAGCGCCGUGCGAAGCAGGAGCAGAACUCGGCGAACACUGUGUCACCCGAGGUGACGGUGAUUCAGACGGAGCAGCCGAAGAAGUGCACAGAAGAUGAGAAGAUUCCCGAGGAGAAGAGUUCAACACCAGACAAGGAAGACAUCAAGUGGGAGGGCGAGGACUUCGAGUGUGAUGUGGAGUUGUCUGAGGAGGAGCAAGCGCGCCUCUUGGCGGAGUAUGAGGCGGAAAUUCAGGAGCGCGAGAAGAGGAAAUCCCUGGCCAGCGAGCUGAAGGAGGCGAAGCCCAAGCAGAAUGUGAAGAGCGAGAGUAAGCCAAAAGCUCCCACCGCAAAGACAACGGCAACUCCUGCAAAGGGACAGAAAGCCACGCCACAGAAGAAUGCUGCGCCACCAAAGAGUGCGGGAGGCAAGAAGGGUGCGCCAGAGGGUAAGAAACAACAGCAACAGAAAACUGCCACGACCAACAGUUCCACGGAGAAGACAGAUGAGAAGCUCAACAUGGAGAAGAAUCACUUCCCCAAGGAGGACGCGUCGUCCACGUCGGACGAGAGUUGGGAGAAGGAGUUUGAUCUGGAGGAGCAGUAGAAGAAAUUCCUAUCCACUUGUUUCCCAUAAAUUAUCUCUAUCUAACACUUGUCUCUCCACUCUUUAUUUAAUAUCUUGAAGAAGAUGUGCAGGAUUAUUUAGCCCUUAACGCGUCUCCAGAGGAAUGCAGAAUAGUUUUGGUGAUCCAAUGAGGAAUCACGGUAGAGAUAUUCUAAGUACGACUACAGUUGCUGCCGAUGAAAUUAGACAACAGUUUGAAAUUUGCACUUGUCAUCAUGGAAAAAGCUCAAAAUUAAACUGAUGAAUUGCAAAAACUGCUUAGAAAAGCGAAAAGAUUCGUAUUUAAGGGAAGUUUUCUUUCUUAGUUCUUCAGUAGCUCCACACAAAGUCUCCAGAAAUUCACGUAACUCUAUUUCAUUGGCGGCAACUGUAGGUGAAAUUUUCAACUUAAAUAUACAGCAAAAUAUACUUUGAAUAUGCAAAAUACCUACAUAGUAUGUGAAGUGGAAAUUUUUAUAUAGAAGUUCUUAGGAUUACAACUAACACUUUAUGUUACAAACUGAUUCACACUGCAAGUGUGCAUUAUUAACAUUAAAAUAAAUAAAAUUUUUGCAACGAA